AUGGCGGCCGGACGACGGAGAACGAAGUCGGCGAAGUUUCUGUCAAAACCGGAGCUUUUUCCGGCGAAAUCACGGCAGCUGGCGACGGGACCUGGCCGGGGUAGGAAGAGGACGGCGGCCCGGUCAUUUUGGUACUGGCCCCGUCGACUUUGGUGGCCGGACGAGAGCACGGCCGGCCAAAACGUGGCCGGCUGUUUCAGCCGUCGCGAAAACCAGAGGAGAGAGGGAGAGACGCGCGGGAGAGAGAGAGUGUGA